AUGGAGGGUGUAGGGGGCCUCUGGCCUUGGGUGCUGGGUCUGCUUUCCUUGCCAGGUGUGAUCCUAGGAGCACCCCUGGCCUCCAGCUGCCCAGGAGCCUGUGAUACCAGCUUCCCAGAUGGCCUCACCCCUGAGGGAACCCAGGCCUCCGGGGACAAGGACAUUCCUGCAAUUAACCAAGGGCUCAUCCCGGAAGAAACCCCAGAGAGCAGCUUCCUCAUCGAGGGGGACAUCGUCCGGCCAAGUCCCUUCCGACUGCUGUCAGCAACCAGCAACAAGUGGCCCACGGGUGGUGGUGGUGUCGUGGAGGUCCCCUUCCUGCUCUCCAGCAAGUACGAUGAGCCCAGCCGCCAGGUCAUCCUGGAGGCUCUUGCGGAGUUUGAACAUUCCACGUGCAUCAGGUUUGUCCCCUACGAGGGCCAGAGAGACUUCAUUUCCAUCAUCCCCAUGUAUGGGUGCUUCUCGAGUGUGGGGCGCAGUGGAGGGAUGCAGGUGGUCUCCCUGGCGCCCACUUGUCUCCAGAAGGGCCGGGGCAUUGUCCUUCAUGAGCUCAUGCAUGUGCUGGGCUUCUGGCACGAGCACGCGCGGGCCGACCGGGACCGCUAUAUCCGUGUCAACUGGAACGAGAUCCUCCCAGGCUUUGAAAUCAACUUCAUCAAGUCUCGGAGCAGCAACAUGCUGACGCCCUAUGACUACUCCUCUGUGAUGCACUAUGGGAGGCUCGCCUUCAGCCGGCGUGGGCUGCCUACCAUCACACCACUUUGGGCCCCCAGUGUCCACAUCGGCCAGCGAUGGAACCUGAGUGCCUCGGACAUCACCCGGGUCCUCAAACUCUACGGCUGCAGCCCAAGUGGCCCCAGGCCCCGUGGGAGAGGGUCCCAUGCCCACAGCACUGACAAGAGCCCCGCUCUGGCCUCUCUAUCCCUGCAGCGGCUUUUGGAGGCACUGUCGGCAGAAUCCAGGAGCCCUGACCCCAGUGGUUCCAGUGCGGGAGGCCAGCCUGCUCCUGCAGGGCCUGGGGAGAGCCCACCUGGGUGGGAGUCCCCUGCCCUGAAAAAGCUCAGUGCAGAGGCCUCGGCAAGGCAGCCUCAGACCCUGGCUUCCUCCCCAAGGUCAAGGCCUGGAGCAGGUGCCCCCGGUGUUGCUCAGGAGCAGUCCUGGCUGGCUGGAGUGUCCACCGAGCCCACAGUCCCAUCUUUAGAAGCAGGAAUCCAGCCAGUCCCUGUCCAGGGAAGCCCAGCUCUGCCAGGGGGCUGUGUACCUGGAAAUCAUUUCAAGGGGAGGUCCAAAGAUUAAGCCUGUGGCCUCUGUCCCCAAGUAGGGAGGGCAUCCUCUCCAGUGGAGCUGGGUCGUCUACCUCUUGGCUCCUCUGGGCCACACCACUGUCUUCCAGCCCCAACCUACCACCCCAUCUCAGAGGGCCGGCCUCUUCCCCUCUCUUCACUGUGUUCCCCUAAGGGCUCCUAGGGCCAGGGGUUCUUCUAGCUCUGCCAUAGGGGAAGGUAGGCCUGGCUCUGCCUGCUCUUGACUUUUGCCCCAGCCCUGGAAGAUGCUGGGAAUGGGAGGUGACAUUCUCCAGAGACAGGUCCUGGAAGGGGUGGGGAAGAAGUAGGUUCCAGUCCCACAGAACCCUGGAAUCCUUCCUGUGCCUGAGGCCCUGCCCCCCAGCAUGGACUAAUGGUGUCCCUAUCUCUCCCUCGGGGCAGCCCUGUGGCUGGGACCCUGGGAACAGCCUCCCAUCCCACCUAACAUGCCCAAGUGUGGGGGAUGUUCUGCAGCGGUGUAGCCUCCAGCCCUUCUCUCCAGGAGGCUUUGAGAGCCCAACUCACACCCCUGCAGAGCAGGAAGGUGCUAGGUCAAGGGCUGCCACCAUCGGGGAGAAGAGAAAGAAGUGAGGCCCCACCGGAUUGCACAAUGGGAACCUCAGCUGGCCCCUGAACAGAGGACUCAGUCAUCUCCACCCCAGACCGCUAUUCCCUGGAGCUCAGCCAGGCGCAGCCUUGGAAGGAGAAAGGGCUGGGGUUACCUGGCCUGUCCUCCUCCAGGCAAGGCCCCCUCCUCCUCUGCCUUAGCUCCGGCUUUCCUCAUGAGGUUUGUCCCAGGCAUGAAGAAAGCAUCCAGGGUGCCAGCGAGUGGGCCUGGGCCAGAGGCCCCUCAGCCCCCAAGGGUACUGUUUUGGUGGCCUUUCAGAGGGUCAAGGAAGCCCUGCUUGGGGUAGAAGGGGGAGGAAAUAAAGUGGAGUGUGCUGUGCUGACCUU